AUUUUGCAGCAUUUUGCUCUAUGUGAGGAUUUGUAGGAAAAUUAUUUCAACAGUAUUACAUUUUUUUACUCACCUAGAGGGGUAUUGUAUUUUAAAUAGAGAAAGUCAUGCCUUUUUCAUCGGUAGAAAUAUUAAGUUAGGUGUUUUCUGUUUUUUUUUGGCUGACGAGCAGGCAGCCUGAAAGACAAAACUCUGGGCAAAAAAGAAAAUCCCAGCUAUCGAGACGGGCGCAGCGGAGAAUCCACAGUUUUUCUAUUCUUGUCAUCCUCAAGCAGUUUGUUUUGUCUGGCAGUUUGGUUUAAUACCAUUCAAGGACCAAAGGUCACCAGUGGAGUCAUGGAGGAGAAAAACACACAGUUCUGUGGCAAUUGCAAGCAUGACAUUCCAGAAGCCAAUUUCACCACUCAUGAGAUCCACUGUAGAAGAAACAUCGCCCUCUGUGAUGUUUGCCAGGAGCCAGUCCCCCACUCAGAGCUUCAGGAGCACAAGAUCCAAGAGCACACACAGAUUACAUGCAAGUGUGGAUUAAAGAUGGAGAAGAAUCGAAGCGAAGUUCAUCAGAGCUCUGAAUGCUCCCAGCGGCUGACCCCAUGCCCGUACUGUGAGCUGGAGCUCGUCUUCAGCCAGUCCAAAGAGCACGAGGACUAUUGCGGAGCACGCACCGAACCUUGCCCAAACUGCAAGUGCAAUGUAAUGCUGCGCGAAAAAGCUGUGCAUCCAGUCUUAUGUGGGAGCCUCACACCUCCCCAAGAGAGGAACAACAACAGGACGGGCUGCGUUCAGGCGGAGAACCGAUCUUCAGACGAAUGGUUUGAUACCCACUCCAUUAGAAACCUCCUAAGAGCCCAAGAUGGAGCCCCUAAAAAUAAUAACAUAAGCGCAGCGGAGGGUUAUUGCUUUGGUCGGCCAUUUGGGACCUCAGCUUACAGCAGUUCAGGCGAGGAUCAGGAAACGGGAGGCUGGAAGAGUUCAGCAUCUCAUGGUACAACAUCCAACCUAUUUCUGGGACAAGAAAAUUUUCUUCAUGGGAGCAGUAGUGAGCAUCCCCCUGACGAGGAGUCAUCAGGCCUCAAUUACGACUACAUGAUGGCCCUCAGCCUCCAGAGUGAUGGAGAAUCAGCAGCCGGAGGUGCAGACGACAGCAUGUGGAGGAAUAUCUGGAACCACCAGGACAAGAAGACCAACUCAUCAGUAAGCUCUUCAUUUCCUCAGUCCCACAAGAAAAACAUAAACCAAACUGAAGGGACGGGUACAGUCCAGGCCACGGGACAAACAGAUACCAUGCUUCCUUGUGAGUUUUGUGAAGAGUUGUUUCCAGAAGAGGACCUUAUUCUGCAUGAGACCGGAUGCAGUCCUGCUUCUGCAUUUGAAUCUUUUAGCAAGAAGCCGUCUUCACCUCCUAAAGAGGACAGAAUGGGCAGAAAUACAUCAGGGAUGAUGCAGAACUUUCCGAACCCGCUGGCCUCCAACAUUCCCACCUUCCCUCGAUCAGUCUCCCCGGCCUCUUACAGUCCUCCUGCCAGUCCACUAGAGGGCGACGUGGUUAUUCCAUGUGAAUUCUGUGGAGUGGCUCUGGAGGAAGCUGUUGUCUUUCACCAUCAGGACAAAUGUGACAUGCGGACCGAGGACGGCCAGCAGCUGAACAACAGACCGAAACCAUCCAGUCCAAAUCCUCUGAGCCAUGAUAAAGAUGUUUAUGGACAAUCAUCUUCAGAUUUUCAGAGAAAAGGACAGCACAGAGACUUUUGGGACACAACAGCUCCCCAAUCCUCUGAAGGAUUGAAAAGGAGGACAUCCCGGGAAACAGAGGGAGCAGAUUUCUUUCAACCUGACUAUGACACAGCUGGCUCUGCGUCAGCAACAGGAUUCUAUGUGCCAGCAAACAAAGAAGGACCAGAAAGCAGAACAAAGCCACCCAAGAGGCAGAACGAGGAGCCGUAGGAGGAGUCAGAGCUGGAAGUUCUCCCUUAUGUGUUUUUGCACACUUUGUACAGUAAAGGUAUAACCACCUAAGUGCCUUUGAAAACUUAAGUAUCUCACCGUUUAUACUCUAAUGACUUUUACAAACCAUCUCUAAGUUGAUUUCAUGUCAAUGUUUAAACGUAAAAUCUGAUAAAUGAAAAAAAAAAUUUUUGAUUAACAUUGUAUUGUUUUUUUUUGUUUUUUUUAUUGUAUGAGUUCUGGUUUAUAGGCGAUUACUGAGGUCAUCUAAAGCAGACCCAGUUCAAGUUAAUCUGCACCAUGUUUUGGCUGCCAGCAGCGUCUGGCUUUCCUUGUCGUGUGCCAGCUCCUCCAGAUUCUUCCUUUGUCCUCCUUUGUUUCUGUUCCUUUAUGAAGCACGUGGAGAGACUCUUUAAAAGAUUCUACCGGCAACAGAUUAGAUUUGUUUAUUUAUGUUUGUCUGACCAAGAGCGUAGGAAUAUUUUUAGCAUCAGUCCCAUUCUGUACUAUUUGUAACUGUACUGUUUGUAACUGUCUCUGUAACAUUUGUCUUUCCUGAUUUCCUCUCACUAAGCAGUGAUGCUUUUUUGUUUAUUAAUCUAACCUAUAGAUCCAGUCAUAUUUUAUUAUAUAGAGAUGGCUUUAAAAGCAUAAUAUGUUCUUUUGUGUUUAACAGAGUAGAUGUAUGUAGUAAACCAGGAAGGGUUUAGUUGGUAGAGCUGCUGCUAAUCCAGGAGAACAACAUUCACAGUGGAUUUAAUGCACGUAUGCGCACAGCUGAAUAUUCCUGUUAAACAACUGAUGUGGUGACCUUUGUCUUGUGCUGUGAUUAAAUAUUUUAAUA